UCCAAGAUGAUCAAGAGAAUACAUUUUUCAGUGGAUAUGGAUGGAUUGGAUUAUAUCGAGAGAAUGCAUCAAGUCCAUGGAAAUGGUCCAGAGGAGACAAAAUGACUAACUUCACCAAUUGGGACACUGAUGAGCCAAACCCACUGGGGGACUGUGUAUACAAGGACAAAGGCAAAUGGAAGACUGACAACUGUGCUGCCAAACAUUCUUUCAUCUGCUAUGAUGGGCUGGUUCUGGUGAAGGAGAAUAAAACAUGGGAGGAGGCCUUAGACCACUGCAGGUCUCUGGGUGGAGUGGACACAGCCUCGUUAUACUGGAAUCACAGAUAUGACUUGGCCACCCUGAUCACUCCAGAAGACCUCAACACUGCUCGCAAGAGCGCACAAGCAGCUACCACUGAUGAGGUGUGGACAGGCAUGCGUUUCCUGGCUGGUGAGUGGCUGUGGGUGGGUGGAGAACAGAUGCAAUAUGAAAAUAUUCCAAGCUGUCCGACUGACGGCUCCUGUGGCGUCCUUGAGAAGAGCGGCACUGCACCCUUCAGCACAAGAGACUGCCAGCUGAGGAGGAACUUCUUCUGUUACAAAAGACCUUAA